GUACAUUUAUACUCAGAAACAGUAAACGUGUUUUCCCCCCGAUUUCUUUAAAGACGUAAGAUUAUUUAAAUACACUUUAUCACGUUCUAUAAAACACUCUGAAUUUAUAACCCCUUCACUUGACAAUGCUGUUUGUACAGGGGAAGCUGUCAGAUCUAAACUAAAUCGCUCCCAGUUUCAGUCGUCACGUGUUCAGCUCCGCUGCUCGGUCAUUUCCGGUCAGCUGUCAGGUUCAGCCGUGGAGUUUCUCUCCUUGUCUAAAAGAAGACCAAAAUCUCGUCUUGUUUGUCUAAAAGAAGACCAAAUAUCCCCUUAUACUGUUGAAGGAAUGACAAACGCGAGUGUAAUUUAAUUAUUUAAUGACAUGAAACUUUGUGACUUCAUGCACGUGCUAUACUUUAUACGAAUGGAAAAUGUGAUCAUUUUGUCUUUAUUGCACAGCUCUGACACACUCACCUUCACAGAAAACCACUCAGAUCAUGUUGGGAUUAUUAUAAUGAUCACACCUAUGACAUUAAACUAAGAAGCUCCUAGCAGCAGUAGGGACAGAAAGUCAGACUUCCUCUGUAUCUGGGAUCGAAACACCUGAAAGGUACAUGAGUGGGGCAUUGUAAACACAACAUCUAUCAAUGUGAAUGAAAUGGUGUGCAUGUGUAUUAGAUGUCCAGUCUAAAUGUUUCUCGAGCAAUAAAUCAUCAUAUUAUUCUGAUUUCUGAAGAUCAUGUGACACUGAAGACUGGAGGAAUGAUGCUGAAAAUACAGCGGAGCAUCACAGAAAUACAUUACACUUUAACACAGAUUCACACAGAAAACAGAUGAUUUAUAUUAUAAUAUUUCACAAUUUUACUGUUUCUAUUGUAUGUAUGAUCAAAUAAAUGCAGUCUUGGUGAGCAGAAGAGGCUUUCAAAAAUAUAAGAAAUCUAGUGUGGAGGUUUUCUGUUUGCAGUUCAUGAAAUGAUGCAACCAAAGGAGGAAUCUGGAGAUAUAACAGAGCCAUGUGGAGUCAGAUCUGAAGGUGUUCACAACAGAGUAUACCUUUACUUCAGAUCUUUGUUUUCUCACACUAAGAUACACACACACACACACACACACACACACUCUCUCUCACACUCUCACACACAUAAGAGAAACAACUGGAAGGGAAUGUAGUUUUUCUAACAGUACCAUACCAUUAUUUCAUAAUAUGAUUCAUGAAGAAGAUGAAGAGGAGGAAGUGCCACUGGUGAAGAGUCCAGCACACAAGCGUCACUAUUGCAGGGAGUGUGGGAAGAGCUUCAGCGUGCGAGCGCGCUUCAGACGACACAUGCACAUACACACCGGAGACAAGCCCUACCGCUGCCCACACUGCCAGUGCUGCUUCACGUCUCAGGAGAACCUGUCCGAGCACACACACACACACUCCCCACGCAGACCCCACCGCUGCUCACACUGCGGCAAGGGCUUCUUCAGACCCGGCCGGCUGGAGAUCCACCGCAGGAUCCACACUGGAGAGAAGCCCCAUCACUGCAGUCAGUGUGAGAAGAGCUUCAGGAGCGGCGAGGAGCUGCAGCGGCACACACUCAUACACACACAGCAGAAGCAGCACCACUGCUGUCAGUGUGAGAGGAGCUUCAGGAGGAGCACACAGCUGCGCAGACACAUGCGCACACACACCGGAGAGAGACCCUACAGCUGUGAGCAGUGUGACAGGAGCUUCUCACGGCCUGAACACCUCAGGACCCAUCAGCUCCGAGCUCACCCGAGCCAGACGCAUGAGCCCGCUUAACACCCAGCUCCAGCCCUGGCUCCGCACCGGACUCCCCAGAACACAGGAGCUCCACUCACAGACCGCCUCCACACACAACUCCUCUCUUUUCUGUUCAUGCUGGUAUAAUUGCAUGAGUGAAGAAAAGAGGUUCAUCUGACUUGGGUUACCUAAUGCUGUAAUAAAUGACUUAAUUGCAAUAUAAAGCUGGAGGAUCAUUUUUAUUUUGAGAAAUUAUGUUUUUUUUCAUUUGUUUGUAUGAAUAAGAAUACUUUAUUAGGAAAUGACAUGUAAUCCAGACGAUUUUAAUCAUCUAUAGAUCUAUAGAAAACUGAUUAAUAACAAUAAUGAAAGAAGUUCACCCUUGUGAAAAAGGAGGAAGGGCUCCAGACUGCGACCAAAUGGUCGCAUUUUGCGACCAAAUUUUGAGUGUGCGCGACUGAAUUUUACAUCCAGUCGCACAUGUGCGACCAGUAGAUUUGCACACGCACGCACUCAAACACACACACACUUGCACACAUACGUGCAAUCAUCUCAUUGAGUGAUGAUUGCACACAUCAUCACUCAAUGAGACACAUACAACGCGUCUCAUUGAGUGAUGCCUGUCUGUGAGGCGGCAAAUGCGUGUAAGAAGAAUAGGGAAUGGCCACUGUAAGUGGCUAAAAUGUGUGGAGGGGGAGGGGCCUAGAGAUAAUUGAGCGCGCGUAAACAUCUGUGGGAAGGAAACCGUGACAAAUAUCAUCACAACCUGAUAUGUGCGUGCGUCUGAGCUAUGAGCAAGCGAACUAUUGAUUCGUUCUUCCGACCUGCGGCUAGUGUACCAGUGCCAGAGUCUAGUGUCACCGUCAGAUGAUGAUUCAGAGUCAGAGGUUGGUGUGGCGAAAAAAGUCCGCACCAGGGCCGGCCCGCUGUAUAGGCAAAUGCUAAGGGCGCCACUCAUCCAUAUGGGCACCAGAAUGAGUGAACGAGUGAAUAUUUUUUUUUUUUUUGCAUAUUUUUUUUUAUAAUAGGCUACUAUUUAAAAACCAUUAAUUCGAAACACUUCCAAAUAAAGCAAAAAAAAAAAAAAAAAAGUCCGGCUCUUCGAUCUUCCCCCGCCCAUCGAGUGCUUGAAGUGCGUCAGAAACAGAGCGCGCGCACGAUCAGUUGUUGGUAAUCUGUUGUGUAGCGUGCCCGACGCCGCAUCCAAUGUAGACAGCACUGUUUUUGUUAACACACAGCUCGUAGAAACGGGCCUGGCAGCUCACGGCAGUUCUAGACACGGUGAAAGUUUCCUGAUUGUGACGGAAGGCCGAAUUUACAUGACACAUUAUAAAUGAGCACAGUCUGCGAUAGAUACAGUGCCAAAAAGAGGAGAACAGGAUAAAGACAGAGGUAAAGAGAUGUAGUGAAAGAACAAUUUAUUGCAUAGGAGUAAGAUACUAUAAUUUCAUGGCAGUUAUUUUUACCUUAAACUUAAUGUUAGCAGUUGUUCUGAGUCCCCAGACUGUGAUUUUGUACAAUCAUGUCAGUUUUAAGACGCAUUUUUUAUUAUCACUUUUUUAUUAAUGUUUUACUCUACAGUUGUGCAGUUUUGGGGGGAUACAGUACAGGCCAAAAGUUUGGAAACAUUACUAUUUUUAAUGUUUUUGAAAGAAGUUUCUUCUGCUCAUCAAGCCUGCCUUUAUUUGAUCAAAAAUACAGAAAAAAUGUAAUAUUGUGAUAUAUUAUUACAAUUUAAAAUAAUUUGUUUUCAAUUUAUUAUACUUUAAAUUAUCAUUUAUUUCUGUGAUGCAAAGCUGAAUUUUCAGCAUCAUUACUCCAUUCUUCAGUGUCACAUGUGACAUCCAGUCUAUCACAUGAUCCUUUAGAAAUCAUUCUAAUAUGAUGAUUUAUUAUGAGUGUUGGAAACAGUUCUGCUGUAAUGUGCGUGUGUGUGUGUGUGUAUGUGUGUAUAUAUAUAUAUAUAUAUAUAUAUAUAUAUAUAUAUAUAUAUGCUAAAGCAUGAACACAAUGACAGGGUGAAAUGGGCUGUGAUGCAUGGGGCGCCAGGUAAAAUCUUGCCUAGGGCAGCAAAUUGGUCAGGGCCGGCCCUGGUCCACACUCACCAUUUUCGAGAAGACUGGCUGUAAGAAUUCAGAUGGCUGAGGUACUAUAAGCAUUAGAACUACCUUUCACCAAAUACAAAAGCCAGCUCGACCUUCAAAGGAAGAACGGCUUAAAACUUAACGAAACAUACAACAACGAUACAGCAUGCACACAAACUUUUUUACUAUGCACAUUUUUUAUUCUGAGUGUAUGGAAUUUUGUUUACUAUUUGUACUGUCAUGACAGCGAUGGUGCUGUCAGUUUACCUUGUUGUUGCAUCUUCAAAAGUGCAGAAUAAAAUGUGACACUGAAUUUGAAACAGCACAUUGUAAUUUCUGCAUCUAUUAAAGUAUUUUUUAGCAAUACAGUGGAAAUUAGUAGAUUUGGUUAGCAUGUUGAUUUAUGGUGUGCGCCCCUAAAUUUUCUGGUUGUGCCCCUAAAAUUUUCAGUUGGGGGCCACUGUGCUCCUAGUGAAAAAAGUUAGUCUGGAGCCCUGCGGAACCUUAGCAUACUUUUAAUGAGCUCUUAUUACAAUAUAUGUAUGUAUGUACGUAUAAUUUUAUUUGUAUAAAUCACUUUUAUAUAAUAAAUAAAUUAUUUGCGUUAUAAAAACAA